AUGGAAAAAAUCGCGAAGGAAAAUAUUACUCCAGAUCAACGGAGGGAAUUGGUAGAUUUCAUCAAACUUCAUCCUCAACUUAAUUCGGGAAAAUUCACCAACGAAUUCACUUUCAAGAAAGCCCAAGAAUUAUGGCAGAGUUUGGAGAAUAAUAUGAAUGCAUUUCCAGCAGGUGCCCAUAAGGAGUGGAAGAAAUGGCGUAAAACUUGGCAUGAUAUCAAAACAAGAACAAAAUCCAAAAGUAGCAUGAUCAAACAACAUCGCAAAAGAACAGGUGGAGGACCACCAACAGCUAUAAAUAUUACUACACAAGAAGAAGAAGUUCUUGGAAUAAUGGGUGAAGUAAUAGUUGAUGGUCAUCCUGGGAUAUCAGAAUCUCUGGUUGAAUUUGAUGUAUUGACCAUGCUACCUGAUCAAACUAGCAUAGACCAUGAUCAUGCCUUUGGAGUGUCCCAAAGAGAGGAUAGUGAAAUUCAUGUUGAAGAAAAUCCAAAUUAUGCUGACGAAAAUGAUCCUCCUCUGGAAGUACCACCAGUUUCUAAACAGCAAAGUAGUUUUGCAGUAAUUGUCUAA